AUGCAAGUUGUAACUAAUAUCGUUUAUUCACAAUUUCUCGUCCGUCAUCAUUGGUUUGUCCUUGGUUUCGUUGUUUUUAUCUCAAUCAUAUUGACAAUCAUUGGCUUUGCUUUUACGCAACUGCCCGACUUUUCGGAUCCAAGAAGCGGAUGGGGAGCACGUGGCAAAGGAACAAUCUUUUCUCAAUUGAUGGUUUUGAGGCAUGCUUCCGAAAAGUUUCGUCUCGCUUAUGAAUUACCGUUGGAAAAUUACGAAUUGUUCGGUGCACAUAAUCAAUUUUCGGAUGUGGUGGUCGAAGAUCUCGAUGAAGACUCGUAUCGAUCGGAAUUCUUGGCAAAAUACGAUUUCUGGCGCAAGAAGAAGAAUUCGACGAAACAAACAGAUGAAUUAAUCGAUUACAGUAAUUUAGAUGAAAAUUUCUAUGACAAUGCGUUUGAUGAAGAUGAAGAGCCCGAUUAUGCUGAUGAAAAUUCUCAAGCAUCAGCUGUACUUUAUCAAUGGCAUCGUGACAGACAUUAUGACGUCAAUAAUUUGAUUACCAAAUAUGUCGACGAUAAAAUGAUCAAUAUCACUGUCUUGGAAUUCGUUCGAAAUCUACCGCAAUUUGAUCGGAAGAAUUACAAAUCAGGCAGAUUACCAUUUGAUCUUUUUCGACCGUAUGCUUAUCUAUUAGAAGAAAAAUAUCGAGGACGAGCAGGUCGUGAUGGUAUGAUUGAAUUUUACAUUGAACGUACAAACUCAACUGAUGAUCUAUUAUCUAUUCAACAUUUACAAUCCAUUUGUCAAUGGGAGAAAAAAUUUAAACAUCUUCUGUCUUUAAAUUCAACUCCAAGUCUUUCAUUAGCAACUUUCGUUGCCCUAUAUGCAUCCAAAAACGAUUGUCAACUAAUCACAUCGGAUGACGUCGACCGAUUUCGUUCAAUUCUUCAUACAUGUUUACCCUAUUACUUAGAUGGCUACAUGGAUAUUCCAUUAAGUGACACAUUUCUUAAUCGUGUCAUCCUCGAACAUCAACCAGGUUAUUUCACCCAUCAAGAACAAGUGAAAGCUAUUUACACCGCUUUGCGUCAUACGUGUUUCUACAAGAACAUCACACGCUUUAUUUUUGAUCAUUUCGUUGACAAACAAUUUCUCAAUGAUUUACAACAAAGCCAAAGUCAAUCGAAAGUUGCUUUAUCAAUGAUUUACAUAUCAAAUUAUCGAAGUUAUAAAUCUCACCGUCCACGUGAUCAAAUCAUGUGUUUACGUCGUCAACCACAUUCGAGAAAGUACUGCGAAGAGCGUGGCUGUAUGAAAGAUUAUCGAAAUAAUCUUUUACUUCAAUCAUGUGCUAAUCAAGCACCACCCAAAGGAAAUUGUUUCAAAUACUGCCAAUGCAAAUUUCAAUGUCCCAAUGAAACCGAACAGAUUGUUUCAAUUUCGCCAAUCUAUAAAGGACAGGAAUUAGUGGCAUUAUUCGAGAAGCAUUUUGCUGGCAAAAGACAAUUGCCUACUUAUCGUGAUCAGUUUAUCAAAUUAGUUGCAUUAAAUUUUGCCAAUGUUCGAGAACGGGCAGCAAUGGCGAGAAUAUCCGAAGACAUGUUACUCGUCUUAAUUGCAACAGCAUUGAUCAUUGGCAUAACCGUACUCUACUUACGAAGUGUUUCAAUUGCUUUAAUUAUUAUUGUGGGGGCGGCAUUAUCGAUUGGUGUGAGCUUUUUCAUCUAUCGGGUCAUCUAUCGUAUUCCAAUAUUUCCAUUCAUGAAUUUAAUGUCAGCAUUCAUAUUGAUUGGAAUCGGUUGUGAUGAUAUUUUCGUCUUUUUCGAUACCUGGGAUCAAGAAAAAGCUGAAUGGAUAAGAAACUAUCAAGAUCGACAACAACAAGAUGUGAAUAUUCCUUUGAACGAAAUUACUAACGAAACGCAAACGAAGAAAAAGAGAAAAUUCAAGAUUCCAUCGAAUGAAUUUCAAUCUCGUCAUCGAUCACCACUAUUAAAUGAUCCUGAAGAAAUGCAUCGGUUACUAUCGAGCGAAGAAGCUCUCACCGAAAUAAUGGCGAAAACGUUAAAACAUGCAGCAUCAUCGAUGUUUGUUACAUCAUUUACAACAUCAGCCGCAUUUUUUACGAAUAUGUUAACGAAUAUUUCAUUCGUUCAAGUUUUCGGCGUUUUUACUGGCACUUGCAUUUUACUGUAUUUUGUUAUCACAGUUACUGCAAUAGCUGCAUUCGCUAUUAUUUACGAAAAAUACAUUCAAAAUAUUAUUUCACGUUUGUUACCGAUUCGAUUGACGACCGUUGUAGAUCCAUCUCCAGAUGAAUCAACAGGAAAGCUAUGUCGCCGACUAGCAACAAUCUGCCGAGAUAUUCGUCAGUACACAUUCGGCUAUCUUAUGCCGUUCAUUAUUAUUAAUCUACGGUUUUUGUUGGUUUUACUCUUUUUACCCAUGGGCAUCUUAGGUCUCGUCGGAGUAUUUCAUUAUCCGAAACUACAAGUACCAUCAACACAAAAAGUAGCAUUUUUUCUAAAAGACAAUCCAAUGGAAAUAUACGAAUUUUCCAUGAAAAAUAAGUUCAAUGGCUACUCGAAAGAAGAAAAACGCUUGUUUGCCUAUCCAGCUGUUUCAUUCAUAUUUGGCAUACGUGAUAUUGAUGAUGGAUACAUAUUUGACAUGAAUGACCGAGGUCAUCUUCAUCUAAUGCCACUGUAUCUUGAACGACAACGCACGCUGGAUUUUUUCAAACAAUUCAUAACCGAUCUGGGCACACGAUCUGAUCUGUUCGGUUCAAAUUAUGAUUUAGAUAAAGAUUUCGAAGCGUUUUAUCAAUUGACAUCGGACAACAUUUUGGUAGCCAAAGUCGCUGAUGAUCGGGCACGACAAAAUCUAUCAGUUACAGACCAUAUAGGAAUGAUUAAACAUUUAUCUCAAUUGAAUACAAGUUUGAUAGAGAACUUGGUUCGGGAAACUGUGCGACCGAUUGGAUAUCGAAUUGAAGAGGAUGAAUCAGAUCAUGAAGAUUACAUCGAUUCACAAAAGAAGAAAAAUAAUAAGACACUGAGCAAACUCAGUGUGAAGCAAUUAAACAAUCGCAAGAAUCCAAUUUUAAACUAUUCGAAUUACAGAAAACUAUUCAACAAAACUUUAGAGAAGUAUUACAAGGAGGAGCUGGAAAAGAGUUAUGAUCGACAUGAGAUUCGGAAAUAUUUGAAUGGAUCUAUACGUGAUGUAUUAACAGGUGAAUAUCAUCGUGCGGCACUAAGAACGGCUAUGCAAUGUUUAACUGGUGCAGCCGGAGCCAACAACAUCCCACCCGAUUUUUGUGAACGACAACUUAAUAAGCAGCGUUCUGUGAACUGGGCUGUCUUACCUGACAAAGCAUCACCGAUUGAUGGCAGUGUUCGACCAUUUGCUGUGAUUAUUACCAUUCGAGGUGCACUCAAUCGUACUGAUUAUGAUUCGUACAAUAGCUACUACUUUAAAAUUAAGAAUUUCUUUGAUCCAUACAUAAAACGACAUGCGCCGGAACACUUACAACACGCAUGGUUUUCAUCGCCUGGUUUUGCUUUCUACGGUGUUCAACGUGAAUUACUUGUCGGCUCUUAUUCAUCUCUUGUUGCAUCUCUCGGUAUUGCUCUGUUAGUACUUUUUCUGACAUCAGGCAAUCUAUUCAUUGCCCUCUACGCAUUAAUUACAAUUACAUUUGCUAUCGCCGUCAGUGUCGCCAUUUUUGCUGCAUUGAAAUGGGAAUUGGGAAUUAUUGAAGCUAUUAUUGUGAUUAUGUCUGUUGGUCUUUCAGUGGAUUUUGUUGUACAUUUCGGUGUUGGUUACAUUCAUGCAAACUCGCGUGAUAUCGAACGUAAACGUAAAACUAUCAAAGAUCGCUACUUAGCAUCGUUAUCGACAUCUUCGGAUAAACCAGAAGUGCAAACUGUUCCUAAUAUUCGCUCGUAUCGAUUGUUAUACAAAGAACAUCAAGCCGAGCGUGAAACACGCGUAACGGAAUCCAUAUCUCGUGUUGGUUCUGCCGUAUUUAUGGCUGCUUUUACAACCUUUGCCGCCGGAUUUUCUAUGACAUUAUCCGCACUGACAUCAUUCCGCCAGAUGGGUCAAUUUCUAAUGACGAUCAUGUUUAUGUCUUGGAUCUUUGCAAUGUUCUUCUUUUUACCUCUUUGCGCUAGUAUUGGAUCGGUUGGCAAAUGUGGUUCUAUUCCGUUUCAACGAAUCGGUCAAUUUUGUCAGAAUCGUCUGUUAUGUUGUCUUCGUCGCUCUCGACAUCAAAAUGAAACUCGUCAACAAGAUAUAGAUGAAUGA